GCACAGCUGCUGAAGUGGAGCAUGUUUCUUUUUAAAAGUUCAUAUUUCCAGGAAGUCGUUUCAAUUUCCCGCAACAUCCAGAGGCCCUCAGAGCCAAAAGGGGCAGUCCUGCAUCUGUAGUCACACCCUUCCGUUAAUGGGGAUAAAUAGGACCGUGGUCUACUUCCUGUUCCUCCAACUUCUGACCCGGACCCUGACCCCUCACAUCAAGGACGAAAUGGGACUCAAGUGUAAACAUGUGAGCCUGAGAUGAACUUCCCCGUCCUAACUGCUGUGGGUUUCUGUUUUGAAGGCUGCCCUAGGACGGAGCGAACACGUGAAAGCAUGCAGGGAGAGGAGGAUUAAUGCAAAACCUCGACAUCUCAGAUAGAUGGCCAAACAUUUCACAGCUCCACACAAACAGCUAAGCUAGAAUCAAAUGGAAACCAUUAAGUAGUCAUUUGUGUCAUGCUGUAAGCGUCAGGAUGACGAAUGGUCACGGCUGGUUGUUUCUCAGGCUUCAGCAGCUCGUUUCAGACGCAGCGUCCAUACGCACCCUUACCUUUCAGCUCCACCUAGGAACCGGUCUCCAGAGAGGACACUUUGUCUCUCUGACUCAGCGUGUCAUCCCUACUGUCACCACGAGUGUGGCUGUUAGCAACAAGCCCCGUCACACACACACACACACCAUCCAGGCUACCGUUGCCAUAACAACUGCUGUGCAUGCCAGCGAGUGAUGGUGACUUCUUUUAGCGAAGCCUCACGUGUGUGUUUACAGGCGGCCUCACGUUCACAGCUGGAUUUCUGUUUGUGUUUUAUGAGAUCGACACUAAGACGACCCCCGGUCCUGCUGUACCACCACGGAGGACAGACCUGCGACCCAGUUCGCUUCUCAGCCCCAGAGUCUUAAGAAAAGGGUCUGGUGACAUAACGAUGCUCUAAUCCCAUCUUAAGUUUCUAGGUAACCGUUACCACGGGGACCGACUGUGUUCUGUCCUCGUGAUGUUGCUAAGCAACGGCCUAGGGUUGUAGAAACGCGUUACGGCGCCGUGGAAAAGUUUCUAAACACGUUUACAACCUUGAUGCUUUACUUCCACAUGUCUGGCAUUCUUGUUUUCUCACGGUCAAUAGUUGUUAUCUUCUGACGUUGGCAUCCCUUUCAAUUUCACCACCAUUCUGCCCAGGCCUUGGACCUGAACAGGAAAACUGUGCAGUGUGUGCUUGCGUCUACGGUCUUUCAGAAACGGAACAAAAUAUCCACAAAAGAAAAAAAAAUAAAGAGGACUUGAGAGAUGAAUCAGCUUUCAGUCAAUCGUCUGCUUCCCACAGUUGGGUUUGGGACCCUGGGGGAUCCAAACAUGUCAAAUGAAAUGUAAAAGAUCCUUUCAAAUGGAAUAUUAGGCCUUAAAUGGUACAAAGAGAUAAAAACUAUAGAAACAAAAGGAUGGAGUAUAAUGCAGGGCCAGGGAAAAUGUUUAAUGGCUCAUUAAAUGGCCUGAUUUUAUAUAGAGCCUUCUUAAGUAAGUAAGUAAAACUUUAUUUAUAUUGCACUUUUCACAGAUAAAAUCACAAAGUGCUUCACAACAUACAUAAAAAGGCAAAACAGCACUUUCUGUUCAGGAGCAAUGAUCAGUGUUUCAGUCUUGCUUGAGUUCAACUGAAGACAGUUACUAGCUAGCCAGACCUUAAAUCACGCAAUGCAAUCAAGUAGAUCAGCAAACUUGUUAAACUCUGUGUCCUUGAAAGAGCAGUACAGUUGAAUGUCAUCCGCAUAUAAAUGGUGGGACACUUUAGUAAAGCUUUUAAUAAUCUCCCCAAGAGGGCAAAUAUAUAAAAGAAACAAAAUUGGGCCAAGGACCGAGCCCUGGGGGACACCGUGAAGCAAAGAUGUGACUUCAGACCUAAUCUUCUUAGGGUACUACUUCAGACCUAAUCUUCUUAGGGUUCUACAACCCCCCAAGGCGCUCCACAACACAAUCAGUCAUUCACACUGGUGGGGAUGAGCUACGAUGUAGCCACAGCUGCCCUGGGGUGCCCUGACAGAAGUGAGGCCUGCCGAGCACAGGCGCCGCCGGUCCCUCCAACCACCACCAGCAGGCACGGCGGGUUAAGUGUCUUGUCCGAGGACACAACAGCAGUGGUGUUUGUAUUUAACCAGCAGUAGUCUGACGUGUCUGCAAACUACAGCUAGUAGUUUUAGUGUAUUACUGGGUCAAAAACACUACAAAUGUUUUUUUCAAAUGAUAUAUUGGUGUUUAAAGUCAGUUUACUGGAAUAAAGCUACUAAUUGUGUCACUGAGAAUGGCUGCUGGGUGCUAAGAUGUUGCUAGCAAGUACUUUGAGCUAGUUUCUGGAAAAAAAUCUCUUGGAUGAAAAAGAUAUUUCAAAUUUGUCUUUUGCGUGUCUACGGCAUCGGUUUAAAUCUCAUGUUUAAGGGCAUAUUUAUGCGUGAAUGACUGAGUUUAACAAACCUUUCAGCAGGUCUGUAGAAAAUAUUGAUCAAGAGCACAAGAUUACAAGACGAGUUUACUGCUGGAAACAAAAUAUAAAGAAAUGGAGGGCAGACCAAACAGAUUUCUAAAGCGAUUGCAUAAAACACGAGUGGAGUGGCAUCACAAGCAUUACUGAGGCAGGCGAUGGUUUUGUUCUGAGCAGACAGGAACACAGACUCUCACUAACUGAAUCCAGACGUCUCCUUUUCUUUGUUUCUGUAGGUCUGUGGAAAGCCAGGCGAUCUACCAUGCUCGUCCCCCCACCCCUCCAUCCCCGCAGACAAAAACACCUGCCCCGCUCACACCUCCACCCUGAACAAAGAGCAGAGGGAUACACCUCCCCGUCACGCCUCCCUCCAUCCGUCCUCUCGUUUUCUCUGCUCCCCACUCUCAUCUCAUCUUUGUCCUCCUCAUCCCACCUCCUCCACUGUGCCUGUCCAAGGACUACAAGGAGAACCCUUCCUGACUUUGUCACUUUCCCGGUGUUUCAUUGGCUGACUCUGGUCACAUGCUGCCUGCUGCCUUCUCUGAUUGGAGCCGGGGAGACGUGGGGCGUAGUCUCGGCCUGCCCCUUCCACUGCGUGUGUCGAAACCUUUCAGAAUCCCUCAGCACGCUCUGCGCCGAUAAGGGCCUCCUCUUUGUCCCGCCGCACGUUGACCGGCGGACGGUUGAGCUGCGACUGGCCGACAAUUUUAUAACCGAAGUGGGUGGAAAUGACUUUGUGAACAUGUCCGGAUUGGUUGAUCUGACUCUGUCGAGAAACACAAUCCACCUUAUCAGACCGAUGGCCUUCGCUGACCUGGAGAGUUUACGCUCUCUGCAUCUGGACGGUAACCGCUUGACAACAGUUGGACCCAAGGACCUUUCAGGCCUGAUCAACCUGCAGCACCUGAUCAUCAACAACAACCAGCUGGUUAAAGUCUCCGUUGAGGCGUUUGAUGACUUCUUGCUCACCUUAGAGGACCUUGACCUCUCCUACAACAACCUUAGGAGGGUACCAUGGGAAUCCAUUCAGAACAUGGCCAGCCUCCACACGCUGAACCUGGAUCAUAAUUUAAUUGACCACAUAGCAGAAGGAGUGUUUGGGGAGCUUUACAAGCUGGCCCGGCUGGAUAUGACCUCCAACAGACUCAGAACUUUGCCUCCUGAUCCGCUCUUUGCCAGAUCCCAGACAGGAGCGAUAAGUCCCACACCUUACAACGCCGUAAUAAGCCUCAACUUUGGAGGGAACCCACUCCACUGCAACUGUGAGCUGCUGUGGUUAAGACGACUCAUCAGAGGAGAUGAUAUGGAGACAUGUGCCACUCCGGUCCAUCUGGCUGGGAGGUAUUUCUGGUCCAUUCCUGAGGAGGAGUUCACUUGUGAACCCCCUCUGAUCACCCGUCACACCCACAAGCUGUGGGUUCUGGAGGGCCAGCGUGCCACACUGAAAUGCCGAGCCAUUGGUGACCCAGAACCAGUGGUCCACUGGGUUUCACCGGAUGAUCGCAUUGUUGCUAACACAUCCAGGACCAGUUCUUUCAGCAACGGCACCUUGGAUGUCGUGGUGACCGUCGCACGCGACGAUGGAGCUUACACCUGUAUCGCCAUUAAUGCUGCAGGUGAAGCAACCGCCACUGUGGACCUGAAAAUAAUCCCACUGCCUCACCGAGGUGGGGUCACUGGAAACACUGGUGUUACAGGUGUUAAUGCAAAGAACAACAGGAAUGUGACCAAUGGGAUUUUACGGGCCGAUCCGGGCUCAUCGGAUAUCAGCACAGGGAAAAACGGAGGGAUUAAUGGCGUCGCAGGACGUGGAGGAGAAAUGGACGAAGGAAAUCGAAGAGAUGGGGAGAUCAAUGAAGAUGACAGUGGAAAGUCCUCUGAAGGGGAGAGCAUGGAGGAUGAUGGGAGGGAGGAGGAAAGCCGGCUGGUUGGAGUACAGGGAGUCACAUCAACCUCGGCCCAGGUCCGCUGGGAUUUGGGACGUUUGGCUGAAAUCUACGUGGUCUGGAUGUAUCAGAUACAGUACAACUGCACCGCCGACGAGACGCUCAUCUACAGGAUCCUGCCUUCCACCAGUGACCGUUUCCUGUUGAAGAACCUGGUUUCGGGUGUGGACUAUAACCUUUGUGUGCUGGCCAUCUUUGAUGACUCACUCACAUCGUUAGCAGCAACAAAAAUCCUAGGCUGUACAACGUUCUCCACCAAGGAUGUUUACCCAGCGUGCCGCUCUCUUCAAGCCCACUUCUUGGGCGGGACACUCACCAUACUGGUUGGCGGUGUUGUUGUGGUCACUCUGCUCGUGUUUACCGUGGCGCUCAUGGUUCGCCACCGCGUCUGCAAUCAUGGAGACCACAUGAUAUGCCACAGUGGCAACACAGAGGCAGGAGGUGGGGCCUGUUGUCAGGGUGGAGGAGUGGGAGGUGGCGACAAAGGGGGGAACGGCGGUGGCUGCUAUCAAUCAAAUGGUUCUGGAGACGUGAUGAUGGUGGUCCUGCCCAAUGGGCUGCCCUCCAAAAGAGGGGAGGCGGGGAAAGAUAAGGACAAGGAGAAAGAUGCAGGAGAUUCUGCUUCUCCUCUGCCUCCAAAGUUGCCCCCAAAGCCCAGGCCAAAGCCCAAGGUCAAUCUGGAGCAGUUUCUCUCAGCAGGAGGGGUGGUUUCCACAACAACGGGGUCAGGAAGUGAGAUGGCAUUGGUAGUCAGACAAAGAAAGGCAUUGCCGCAAAACCUAGAGAGUGACCGAACUCCUCUUUACUACUCCCCUUCUCCUCCAUCCACACUGCCCCGACAGUCACAUACCAGGGACCGCCCAAAUCCCCGUCUGGAGCAAGAACUGACAAAUCGAGCCAGUUUUUCUCUGGCUGCACCCCUGAGAGACUCCGAGCUGCUGGACUGGAGAAUCACACCCAGAGGUAGGGACAAAUGGAACUCCUCCCAGGCUUAUCAGAGCCCUGGAUCCCCUCUAAGCUCCGCCUGUGGGACAGUUGGCAAACGGCGACACUCACUGGACAUGGGUUCCUCUGUUGCCCUGGCAACCGAUGCGGCAGCAACAGUUGCCAGGCGCUACGGCGCUGUAAAUUACGCCAAGCGGCUGAGCGUGAUCUGGACGAGACGGAGCCAGUCGCUUCACGGGAUGCUGGUGCAGUGCGCUUCGACCACAAGCACAACUUCAACGACCAGCGACGAGGCGGAGCGCGGCGGGGGCUUUGGGGGCCAGGACUUCCAACGGGGAUACAUCCAUGCUUACAACACCACUAACUCCAACUCAAACACUGGGAUUACAACUGGGAAAACAAAAGACAGGAACAGAGAGAAGGGCAGCGCUGAGAAUCUAGAGGAAAGUGUUGUGUAGUAGGUGUGGAGCAGAAUACUAACAGCGGAACGAAGAGCUCUGAGCGGAUGGUCUGGAUGGGAGAUAUUGACUGAGGAAGGAACGCAGAGGUGAAACUAAAGAGGCUGAGAAUAAAACGGCAGCAAAGAUACUUCAGAAUGAAGUAGAGGUGUCAACCUGGCACAUUUGGGAAAGUCCAGAAAAAGCAGGACUAAAAAAAAAGAAACUAUAAGUGAAAUUCCCAAUUCAGGUUUAGUUAUAAGCACAGAAAAAAGAUAGAAAAGUAAAUUAAAACUCAGACAAAAGCAGAUACCUUCAUUCUAGGUGGAUUGUAGUCACAAGAGAUAAAGGAAAGAGACCAUGAAUAAGGCAUCAGAACAAAGGUUACAUGGCAGAGUCGGAGCUCAGCCCGGAUCUCAGUAAAGCCCGUACAAAACAGAACCACUCGGCCAACAACACGCCAUCAUCAGGACUGAUCCUGGAUCAAAAACCACAUCGCCACUGGUAAUAAUGGAGUAAACCUUCACAAAACGGUGAGAAAAAAAUAUGUUUGGAUGGAAAAGCAAGACUUUAUUUAAGCUUUUGACUUUGACCCCGUGACCGCUUCGAAACACUCGAGUCUCAAAUGCAAUGAAUGUGACGCAUGUCUCCUCUGUGUCUGGACCAGGAUUUUGGCCAGCUGUGCCUGAGGAUUAUGGGAGUAUAAAUACAAACGCUGGCGCACCGGACACGAUCGAUCAAUACAGGCUGGAGAAAGAAAAAAAGCAAAUGGAGCACGGACGUUAUUACAAGAAAAAUAUUGGGGUCGCAUUCGAGUCGAUAUGGAUUAUAAAAUGGAGAGGAGGCCGUGAUGGAAUAUAUAAGCCCAUCUAUUUCUGAAAGACAAGAUCACACUGCAUGUUGGAUAAUGGACGCCAAUGAAUAAUGCUAAUGGGAGCUGAUGGAGCAUAGACUGGAUGUGUAUCUGAAUGUUUGUGAUGGCCAACCCAGUCGGACCCUAACAGGGUUGUGCAGUGAGUUCUGGACAUGUGAUGGAAAACAGGAGAAGACAGGGUGGUUUGGCUGAAGUGGAGCACAUGUGCAAUGUUGAACGGUAGCCAGUAUGAGCAGAUAUUUAGUAACGGCAUGGUCAGAGUCAGGAAGCUCUUUUUGUGAGACUUUAGAUUUCUUUGUGCCACAUGGGUUCAAAUGUUCAAACCAAACUGACGAGUGUCAGAGAGAGGGCAUCAAAAAUCAUUAAGGAAGUCACCAACAAUAAAAACCAUCAUCAGAAAACCAUUACGGACGUCAGAGACUCAGACACGUAAACAUUCAGGAGAAGGUACAUAUAUAUGGUCUAUAUAUAAAAUGUUACUUGUUGCACCACGUUUCCGUUCUUUAAAGUUUUCUGGGGAACGAUGUUGGGAUCAGAUGCAAAAUCUAAGAUGUGUGAUUUCUGUUUGUUCCUUACUAAAAUGAUGAAUCCUGAUCAAAGCAAAAAUGUUAAAACUUGAAGAAUUAUGAAGCUGAAAGGACACAGAAGAACAAACAUCCCCACACACAAAGGGGCGCCUAUAAAAACAGCCAAUUAGAUUUAUAAUGGCUACUUUUACCCAUUAUUGUUGUUUUCUUUCUGUUUGUUUCAGUUUGCCAAAGUCAAUAUUGUUCUCUGGACUUGAUAUGAAAAAUAAAUUACAUGUAUGGAACAAAGAGUGACUGGUUACCAUAAAGACUAAGCUGUGUGAUA